AUGCUGUAUGAGAAACCAAACACUAUGAGGCCUCUGAGGACAGACGUCUUGACAAUGACACCUUGGUUCGCUCCUAUUGUCUGGAAUGGCACCUAUAACUUGGACAUAUUAAAUGCACAGUUCCAUCAGAGAGAGGUCCGCAUUGGUCUUACUGUGUUUGCUAUUAAGAAGUAUACAGGCUUUGUUCAGACGUUCAUAGAAUCUGCUGAGAAGUUUUUCAUGGUUGGACAUAAAGUAACCUAUUAUAUAUUUACUGACCAAGCCAGUGAUAUUCCUGCCUUCACCCUUCGUGAUGGCAGAAAACUGGCAAUAUUGGAGGUCCCCAGCUACCAGCGUUGGCAAGAUGUGUCCAUGCGACGGAUGGAGAUGAUCGGUGAUCAGUCCCGCCUGAGAUUCAUCCAUGAAGUGGAUUAUCUAGUGUGUGUGGAUGUUGAUAUGAGGUUCAGUGAUGAGGUUGGGGUUGAAAUUUUAAGUGAUGUUUUUGGGACAUUACAUCCUGGCUUUUAUAGUGCAUCACGAGAACAAUUUACAUAUGAGCGCCGAGCACAGUCCACAGCUUACAUUCCUAAAGAUGAAGGGGACUUUUACUAUGCGGGUGGAUAUUUUGGGGGUACAGUAGAAGAAGUCUACAGGCUGACCAACUUCUGCCAUAAUGCUAUGGUGGCAGAUAUAGAAAAACAAAUUGAAGCCAUUUGGCAUGAUGAAAGCUACUUGAACAAGUAUUUUCUAUAUCAAAAACCAACUAAAAUUCUCUCCCCAGAAUACCUGUGGGACAAUGAUUUUGAGGUUCCUGGUUUUCUCAAGAGAAGAAGAUUUGUUGCUGUUCCAAAGAACCAUAAUGCAAUCCGCAGCAGACGAGCUCUGCAGGGUGUUUCAGAAGCUGAAGGAAAGUUUCAUAGGUGAUGGGAUUUCGCCUACUGUGAGUCACAGAACUGUUGAAGCAAUUUAA